AUGUCUGAACCCCAAGCUCAGUCUCCCCCUUCAAAUCCUGCACCACCCGGGGCACCCGAGCACAAACCAGCGGGCAAACCUUCCCAAAAGUCCAUGACCAAAGCCGAACGGCGAGAACUCCAAGAAAAGCAACGCGCCGCAAAGGCAGCUCUCAAGGCCCAAGGAAUCCAGCCUGGAUCAACGGCGGCAGGGUCCAGCAAGGCCCAAAAAUCAGCCCAAGCUGCCUCCAAGAAAGGCGGCUCUGGAGAUGCUGGUGCCGCAAAACAAGGCGCGGUCGCUACCCGUGGAGAUGCCUCACAUGGAGAUGAGGCUUCAGGAAAGCGAGGGCCGAGGAUAUUCACCCAUUUUGGUCUUCCCAAACCUCUUGGACAUACCGUCAAGGGCGAUAUCCAUCCUGCUGUCGUCAGAUUGGGUCUUAUGUUCUCGGAAUUCCGGAUAUGUGGGGCCAACGCAAGAUGCAUUGCUACUCUUACAGCCUUCAAAAGUGUCAUCCAAGAUUAUACCACUCCUUCACAUAGUACCCUCUCCCGCCAUCUAAUGACGCACCUAUCUCCUCAAAUCACACAUCUCGUAUCGGCACGGCCCAUGUCCGUCUCAAUGGGUAACGCCAUCCGACAGCUCAAACUCGAGAUCAGUAAUUCCGACAUCGACAUGAUCGAGCAGGAUGCCAAAGACCUCCUGUGCCAAAAAAUCGACAAUUACAUUCGUGACCGUAUAAUUUAUGCAGAUGAGGUCAUUCAGGAUUUCGCCGGCAAGAAGAUCAAGAACGGAGAUGUCAUUCUGACAUAUGCAAGAUCCUCCGUAGUCGAGAAGGUUUUGCUGCGGGCAAAAGCUGAGGGAAAAGAUUUUUCCGUAAUCGUCGUCGACUCCCGUCCUCUCCUCGAAGGCAAGGCCCUCUUGAAAUCCCUCACCAGCGGCGAAAACCCUAUUCGAUGCACCUAUGCACUCCUCCCAGCACUUGCCUCCCUUCUACCUGAAGUCACGACCGUUUUCAUCGGCGCACACUCCAUCUAUUCGAACGGCGCCGUCUACUCCCGUGCAGGAACUGCUCUGGUCAGCAUGAUGGCUAAGCAACGCAACGUACCCGUUGUAGUCUGCUGCGAGACGUAUAAAUUUAGCGAUGGCGUCCUUGUCGAUGCCUUUGGUAAAAACGAACUGGCACCUGUCCGAACGGUCCAACCACAUGGUAAAGUCCCGACUCCCGUUUCAACUCCCGGACUGGAGGUCCUGAAUCCGCUGUACGAUUUGACGCCUCCCAAGUAUAUCACCGCCGUGGUCACAGAAGUCGGUCUUAUUCCUCCGAGCAGUAUCAGCUCGAUACCCUUAGCGCUGGGAAAGAGCAUCGUUUAA